GACUCUUGUCAAUGCGUCCCAGAGCUCCUUUCAGGAGAAUUGGGACACCGCCCAGGCCAAACUUCCAAUCUCGUCAUCGCCAUUCCAAUUUCUCAACAAUUCUGAAAGAGGCGACUCAUGUAACUACACAGAACGAAGCCAUUUGUACCCAUCUCCUGAACGCGUGCCUAAAGGAAUGCAAACGAGUCAAAUUUCGACGAGUGUUCGACGAAAUGCCGCAGAGACUAGCUCAAGUCUCGAACGCCAGUAAAGUUCUCCAUGCCCAGAGCAUGAAAUAUGGGGUUGGAUCAAAAGGGAAUCUGGGAAAUGCCAUCGUUGAUCUCUACGCUAAGUGUGGCAAUGUGGAUUAUGCCGAGAAGGCGUGCAAUCUGCUUGAUGAAAGAGAUGCAUUGGCCUGGAACUCGGUUCUUUCCAUGUACUUGAGGUGUGGGAUGUUGCAAAAGAUCAUUCAAUCUUUUGGGUAUAUGCAGAAUGGAGGGGUGUUGCCAAAUCAGUUUACGUAUGCGAUUGUUUUAUCUGCGUGUGGGAGAUUAGUGGAUGUCGACUUUGGUAGGCAGGUUCACUGUAGUGUUCUUAAGAUGGGGUUUGAGUUUGAUUCGUUCUGUGAAGGGUCUCUUAUUGACAUGUACGCUAAAUGUCAUUUUGUGACUGAUGCUAGACGGGUAUUUGAUGGGGCUGUAGAACCCGACACGGUUUCUUGGACGGCCAUGAUUGCGGGGUAUGUUCAAAGUGGUUCGUUCGAGGAGGCACUUAAAGUAUUUGAGGAAAUGUUGAAGCUUGGGCGUGUCCCAGACCAGGUAGCAUUUGUGACUGUCAUAACUGCGUGUGUUGGUUUAGGAAAGCUUAAUGAUGCAUGCCACUGGUUUUCCCAAAUGCCCAAUCCAAAUGUGGUAGCAUGGAAUGUGAUGAUUUCAGGGCAUGCCCAGAGAGGUUAUGAGGCUGAGGCUAUUGGCUACUUUCAGAAUAUGAGGAAAGCUAAUGUUCAAUCCACUCGAUCCACGCUAGGAAGCGUUAUGAGUGCAGUUGCAAGUUUAGCAGCUCUUGACCUCGGCCUGCAGGUUCAGGCCCAAGCAAUCAAACAGGGAUUGGAUUCCAAUGUUUAUGUUGGAAGUUCUUUAAUCAAUAUGUAUUGCAAGUGUGAGAAAAUGGAAGCUGCACGAAAAGUUUUCGAUGCUUUGGAUGUGAGAAAUGUUGUGUUGUGGAAUGCAAUGCUUGGAGGCUAUUCGCAGAAUGGUUAUGCUUAUGAGGCCUUUGAGCUGUUUUUAUUGAUGAGGUGGUGUAGUUACCAGCCCGAUGAAUUUACUUAUACUAGCAUUUUGAGUGCGUGUGCUUGCUUGGAAAGUUUAGAGAUGGGAUGCCAAUUACAUUCAUUUAUUAUAAAGAACAACUUCAACUCAAAUUUAUUUGUAGGAAAUGCAUUGGUAGAUAUGUAUGCUAAAUGUGGGGCUCUAAAGGAAGCGAGACAGCAAUUUGAGCUCAUAAGGGGUCGGGAUAAUGUUUCUUGGAAUGCAAUAAUUGUUGGUUAUGUGCAAGAACAAAACGAGGAUGAAGCUUUCAACAUUUUUAGAAGAAUGAUUUUUAAUGGGGUUGUACCUGAUGAAGUGUCUUUGGCCAGUGUACUCAGUGCUUGUGCAAAUAUCCAAGCAAUUGAGCAAGGGAAACAAGUUCAUUGUUUAUCAGUCAAAUCUGGUCUAGGAACAGGUCUGUAUGCUGGAAGCUCCCUUAUUGACAUGUAUGCUAAGUGUGGGGCCAAUAGGGCGGCACAUGAAGUUCUUUCUUGCAUGCCUGAGUGGAGCGUGGCAUCCAUGAAUGCUCUUAUUGCUGGGUAUGCCCAAAAUAAUUUAGAAGAGGCCAUAGAUCUGUUUCGAGCCAUGCAGGAUGAAGGAUUGAGCCCAUCUAAAAUCACCUUUGCAAGUCUUUUGGAUGCAUGUAAUGGAGCUCAUAAGUUGAAUCUGGGAAGGCAAAUCCACUGUCUUGUACUGAAGAGGGGUUUUCUGUAUGAUGCUGACUUCUUAGGUGUCUCCCUUAUAGGCAUGUAUAUGAACUCCCUCAGUAGAACAGAUGCAAGUAUCCUUUUCUCAGAUUUCUCGCAUCCAAAGAGUACAGUAUUAUGGACUGCUAUGAUUUCAGGAUUGACUCAAAAUGAAUGCAGUGAGGAGGCUUUGCAGUUGUAUAAAGAAAUGCGUAGUUACGAUGCCAUGCCAGACCAAGCUACAUUUGCUUGCGUUCUUAGAGCAUGUGCUAUCUUAGCAUCUUUGAGAGAUGGUAGAGAGGUCCAUUCUCUCAUUUUUCAUACUGGUUUUGACUUAGAUGAACUGACCGGCAGUGCAGUUGUGGACAUGUAUGCCAAGUGUGGGGAUAUGAAGAGUUCUGAGCAAGUAUUUGAGGAAAUGGGCAGUAAAAAUGAUGUCAUUUCUUGGAAUUCAAUGAUAGUUGGAUUUGCUAAAAAUGGUUAUGCAUUAAGUGCAUUGAAGAUCUUUGACAAGAUGAAUCAAGCAUGUGUGAGGCCUGAUGAUAUUACAUUCCUUGGCGUUCUCACUGCAUGUAGUCAUGCAGGGAGGGUAUCUGAAGGUCGUCAAAUCUUUGAUAUUAUGGUUGAUCGCUAUAAGAUUGAGCCGAGAGUAGAUCACUGUGCAUGCAUGAUUGAUCUUCUUGGCCGAUGGGGCUUUCUUAAAGAAGCAGAAGAGUUCAUUGGCAAGCUAAAAUUUGAACCUGAUGCCAUGAUUUGGGCCUCCAUGCUUGGAUCUUGCAAAAUUCAUGGAGAUGACAUUCGUGGGAAGUGGGCAGCUGAGAAGCUCAUUGAGUUGGAACCCCAAAAUUCUUCACCCUAUGUGCUGCUGUCUAACAUAUAUGCUGCGUCAGGUAACUGGGAUGAGGUUAACUCACUGAGGAAAGCAAUGAAAGAGAAAGGGGUGAGAAAAUUGCCUGGAUGUAGCUGGAUUUUGGUUGGGCAGAAAACGGACCUAUUUGUUGCAGGUGAUACAUUGCACCCCUGUGCUGGUGAAAUCCAUUCAAUAUUAAAGGAUUUGACAAUGCAGAUGAAAGAGGAUGGUUAUAUUGCUGAAACUGAUCCUUUUCUGCAUGAGGAAGACAGAGAGGCUUCAAGUUCCUGCUUUGAGAUAUGCUGCCACUAGUUGCUAAAGCAAGGUUACAAUACUUAUGGAUGGUCUAUCCACGUGCACAAACUGAAGGAUCAAUUUACAUUCCAGAAAAAACAAGGGAUGCUCAGUUCAGGAAGGAGGGAAAUUUCCAUACAGAUCAGUUUACCCAUUCAAAUUAUCUUGAACCUAAGCUUGUGGGUAUGCUGCAUCACUGAUGGCAGGGUUGGAGUUCUGGGCUUGGAAAAAUUGACGACUGACUUAAGGAAUUCAGCUCUGAGACAUAAAUUUUGCCUGGAAGAAUGAAUCUGUUUUUCCUUGCAUGGAAAGAUAAGCCCCAUAAAGGAUAUUUGUUUAUUCAUCCAACAAUUGGAAUUUUAGCAAUGGGUACUCAAUAUUAUUAACAGAUACAUUGCAAAUGCUGAACAUAGCAGUACUUGUUCUGUCAAAUACCAGGCAAACUGGAGAAUAUGAUAUACUACUGAAGAGCAUGUCUUGGUUCUGGAUUUGAAUGUUGGAAAAUAUUGGCAUUAGCAGACGUGGUUGAAGCUUGAUGCAGUUUCAAGGAACACUUUGAGAGAUGUUGUUUCUGCUGUGAAGGUUGUCUUCUCCAUCAUGGUGCAAGGUGGUGUUUGGUUUGCAGGAUCCUUGAGGAGCCUUACUUUUAAGGUGGUGUUUGGUUUGCGGGAUCCUUGAGGAGCCUCAUUCUCGCGUUUGUUUUGGAGCUAGAAAGUGACAUGGUGAUAAUGUCAAAUGCAAACUAAACAAGGACAUUCUCAAUAGAUAAUAUCACCUUCUCAAGAACAGGAUUCUCGGAAAUUGGAAGGUCAUUUCAGUGGACAUAGAACUGUUAGAUUGCAGGACAUAGGAGCUCAGCUGGCUGAAGAUCAUCAUAUUCUUUUUCAUCGGAUAUUUAACUUGCGGAAUUAAGUUAUGAAUGGGAUCAAAAAGUUCAUUCCUCUUCUGUCAACUGGUUUUUGAUGUAGUUGCAUUUCAAUCAGAAUGCUGACUCUCCCAUUUGAGGGAAUGGUGCUUUCGCCUCUCAUCCAUAGGAAUCGUCAUUGAGUUUCGAGUUCCUGCUUCUUGUCUGAAGAAAAUACAAACAGCAACCAUUAUUUCAUAUUUCCAGCUUUGUCUCUCUUAUCCGAUCCUUCUCCCAUUGAUGCGUCUCUUCUCAUGUCCCUGUUCCAUGGGACAUAGAGGCUGUGGAGGCAUGGACUGCCAUGGACACUGGAUCAUGGAGUAACUUUGGCAACCAGAAUUUUAUUUUUUAUUUUGUUGUAAGAUUUUAUUUCUCUUCCCAAUAUUUUUGAGAUACUUAACUGGAUUCCUUCAUUGCACAACUAGAUCAUAUCCAAACACAACAAUUCCAUUCCCACAUAAUCUGAUCUUGGUUCUAUUCAUAUCUUUGUUGAUUCUAUGAACAAAGUUCCUUACUUGACAUUAUAUAAUAUAGUCAAGUAGGAGUUUUGAUUUAACAUGAAAGAAUUGAAUAUUAGUUUCAUCA